CGUCCCGUUCGAACCCUGGGCCGAGUCUCUGAUCUCGCUGCUGGAGGACUGCGAUGGAACGGCUCUGUUCCUGCGCUUCCUGCAGACGCUGGGCUGCGCCCCGCUGCUGGAGUUCUGGUUUGCCUGCAGCGGCUUUCAGAAGCUUCCCCAGGACGCCACGCAGCGCCGCCUCAAGCUGGCCAGAGCCAUGUACCGCUGCUACCUGUGUGAGGGCGUGGUGUCCCGCCGGAUCACACCUGAGACCAGGUGCUCCAUACAAGACAGCAUUCAGCAGCGGCGACUGCACUCGGGCCUGUUUAAGACAGCGCACACGCAGGUGCAGGCGGAGCUACAGGACAGUCUGUUCCCGCUCUUCCUCCGCUCUGACGUCUAUCUCAAACGUAGUCACACUGUCCUACCGUUGUCAGGAUACCAAGCCACGCCCUCACAUGGGGAGGAGCCUGAGAAAGAGAUCCUCCCUCUCCACGACGAAGCCAAUCAGAAGCGUGCAGGUGAUCAGGAGUGCAGACAGCACCGAACACGAGAGAGAGACACGAGACACACACACCUGCCUCACACACCGGUGAAGAUGAUGCCACACACUUUCGCAGCUGAGCUGAUGAGACGUUUGCAGGAGUUGCAGAUGCAGACACAAAGACACACAGAAGAAGAAACAGAUACCAGUGACACUACUGGAUCCUCCUCGUGCCGUUCGCUGAAGAUGCCAGACAGCGACCGUGACACGAGGAGUCCUGCACACACACACCGGUGUGUGACGGUGGUGUACUGUUACGAUGGAGAGCCGGUCCCGUACCGCUCGUGUCUUCAGGACGUCUCCGUCGUGACUCUGUCUCUCUUCAAGACUCUGCUGACUCGCCGAGGACCGUUCAGGUUCUUCUUCAAGCGGGUGAGCUCUGAGUCUGACUGUGGUGUGGUUUAUGAGGAGAUUGGAGAGGACGACGCCGUCUUGCCGACGAUCCGACGCAAAAUCAUUGCCCGAGUGGAGAGAAUGAAGCAGUCUAUCGUCUGA